AUGGCCGACUAUAUCAACACACCGCACCCGACCGAUGCCUCCUACAUCACCAAUGGCCUGGAUGGUCUGGGGUCGCCUGAGAAGUCCUUUGCAGCACCGGCAGAAAACCGCGACUUGAUCAGCCAAAUGAGAAAUGCGAAGGCCCAGGGCGUCAACCUCCGGACUCCUCGAGCUGGACUACGAGAUCCAUUGCGCCUGCUCCCAAAUGGCAACCAGCCUCGCUCUGAGUUCACACCUCUCAUGCAAAGCGCCACUAAGAAGAACAUGGCACGCCGCCUUUCGAACAAAAAGCCUGGCGCUCAGGCAACUCCGUCCUUCCUCAAAAAUGGCUACACGCCUGGAGGCCCAAGACUCGGUGAUAUAUCGCAGUUUGCGAGCGAACACACUUCAAGUUCAGCUGGAAAUGCAGUUGACAACACUCCCGUGCCUCAACAGAUCAGCAGCAGCGCACAAAGCACACCCCUCGCACAACUACCAGGACGAGAUGCGGCCGGACUUAUUAAUGAUGGGAACAUGAUGACGUUACGCGAGCAAGAAAGUAUCAUCGACAAGAUUGAGAAGGAGAAUUUCGGCCUGAAGAUGAAGAUACAUUUCUUAGAGGAGGCUUUGUCAAAGCGAGGCAAUGAGUUCAAUCAAGCUGCACUCAAAGAGAAUACCGAUUUGAAGGUCAAUAGGAUCACGAUGCAGCGCGAACUACAUAAGUUCAAGAAGAAUAUUGCCCAGGCUGAGAAAGAUGCGGAGGUCUAUCGGUUACAGCUUGAAGAGUUCAAAGAACGAAUUAGACGGAAACACGUGGACGAAAGUGUCCGCGUCGAGCUUGAAACCCUCCGUACCGAAGUCAAAGCAAAAGAGACUCAGAUCAAAGCACUAGAAACUGAGAGAGACUCUGCAAAAGACCAUGGCAAAUCGACGAUCGACAAGCUGAAAGAUGAGAUUGAAGACUUACAAGCUGAUCUGCGAGAGAGGGAUCGGAAGAUUGACGAGAAAGAUGAUGAGAUCGAUGCUCUAAAAGCAAAGGCGAGCAAGGAAUCAAAUGAUGCCGCUGAAAUUGAGGACGAGCUGGAGUCUGCACGACAAGAAAUCGAAGAUCUCAAGCAGAACCUCGAGCGAGCAAAGGUAGCAGCACAAGAAGCAAAGGAAGGUCGGGAAGAGGCUCUGGAUGAAAAACGCAAAGCCGAAGAAGACCUAGAAGAGCUGCGCGACGAGAUGGCCAAUAAGUCCUUCACAACCAAGGGACUAAGCAGACAGCUUGAAGAGAAGACAAAUAAACUCGAGGACGAUUUACAAGAUUUGCAGGAACGACAUGAUGCCUUGCAGGCCGAAUUUGCGCAGAAGUCAGACUCAGAGCGGCAGCUGCGUGAGAAAGUUCGAGAAUUGGAGCGGGAAGGAGGGUCAGGACUUCGAAAGCUCCAGCAAGACCUUGAUCAAUCUCAGCAACAGCGUGACACAUUGGAACGCAAACUAAGCAACAUGACCAAACAACUCGAGACCGUCGAGAAAGAACUGCAAGUCAAGGUUGAAGAAAAGGAUCUUUUACAAACACGUCACGAUGCGCUGACCCAGGAAUCUGCGGAUCUGCAGAGGGACCUUUCCAAAGCGCAAAAAUCAAUCCGAGACCUCGAGACUGCUCUCGAAGACGAGAGACGACACUCCGCGCAGAAUGAUAACCUCCUCAGAUCGCAGCAUAAGCAAGAAAUCGACCUUCUCAACGAACAAAUCGACGGGUUACACCGUGAAGUGCAUUCGAAAGAGCGAGACCAUGCGGCUGAUCUGGAGGAGUGGGAAGCACAGAAACGGACGCUUGAAGCAGCUUCUCAAAGAGCGGAAGAAAAAGCCAAUGGGCUGCAACGCACGGUGGAUAAAUUCCAAGAUGCGCAAGGGACAAUCAAUGGCCGUGAGAUGAAGCUGCAAGCGGCGCUCGAAAGCGAGAAGCAACGCCAUCACGAAGAAGAGAAGGUACUGGCCAAACAGAUUGAGGAGCUCCAACAAGAUCUCGCCAACAAGCGAACCGCGUCAGAUGAAAACAGGUUGGAACUGAACAAUGCCAAAGAAGAGCUGCGUAUUUCGAUCAGGGAACAGGCCGCACUCAGAGAAAAGGUGGCUGAGCUGGAGGAAGAAAUUGAGGUGCUACAGGCAGAUAUUGAGCAAGAGCACGAGUUCGCCGAGAAACAACAACAAAAAUACUCCAGCCACGCUGACGCCCAGAUCCAGCAGAUGCGGCAAGAAAGGCAGUCUCUGCAGACGGAGCUCGCAAAACUCCGGAGCGACUUGCAGGAUGCACGCAUGUCUCUUGAAAAGGCUGAACAGGAACGCGACGCUCUCGAGAGCAAACUUCAAAAUGCCUCGAAAUCCAACGACGACACUUUCGGGACGGACCAAGAAAAGCGAGAAUUGAAGCGUAUCCAACUCAAGCUCGAGAAAGACAUUGCACGUUUGACGACGGAGCGCGACAAUCUCCAAGAAGCUAAUCAAGCGUUGGAGGAUGAGAUCAACGCCGAGCUUGAGCGAGCGAGCAAGGAAGAGGAUCGUCUAAACGCGGAGAUAGAUUCGCUGCGGAACCAGAGAAACUUCAGUGCAGAGAACAGGGAUCGCGAAUUAACGUCCGCAAAGAACAAGGUUGCUCGUCUGGAGACUCGAAUCAAAGAUUUGGAGGGUAUGCUUGACAAUCAUUCGAAGACCGUGGCAUCCCCAGCUGGAGAUAUAUCUGGUCUCAGACACGACUUGGUCGAAGCAAGAAAGAACGAAACAGCAGCCACAAAAAGAGAAACAGAUCUGAAAGCAGCCAACCGGGACUUGAAGAUGCAGGUUAACGAGCUCGAGCGUGAGCUGCAUGAGGCCAAGCUUGCACAAUAUAAGGCCAAAUCACCUUCCGUCUCACCUCCUCCGUCGCACUCGAAAGAAGUCUCAAGACUUCGACAAGAGCUCAUCGAUAUUCGAGCCGAAGUUCAGGUGUUGAGCUCUGAGAAUCGCGACUUGAAGCGCGCCGCCCGUCGAGGUUCUACCGACGAGGAUCAGCUGGUCAAUCUGCAUGCUCAGAUCAAGUCUCGAACGGCAGAGGUUGAGUCAUUGAAUGCGAAGAUUGCUGAGCAGCAUGACCUUGUUGAUGAAUUGCAGGAGCAGCUCAAUCGUCUCCACGACAAAGACGGCGAGACACAACGCCUCUCAUCAAGCAUCCGCAAACGCGAUAGACAGAUUAAUGAUCUGAAAGCGCAAUUACAACGUUUGCGGGAAGGACGGGAAGAAGUCAAUGACUUGUCCAUGCAAAUCUCGGCCCGUGAUGAUGAAGCGCGUGAAAUGAAGCAUCAGCUCCGACGUCUUCGGGAGGAGCGCAGCGUGGCCAACAAAAAGGCUGAAGCUGUGGAAGACGAGCUUGAGGCACUGCAGAACAAGUAUGAAGAUAUGCUAGAGCGCCUCACAUCUGGCAAGUCCAGCAAAGAUGAGAUUCGAGCAAAGGAGAUGAAGGGCCUGAUCAAAGAAAUUAUGUGGUUGAAAGCCAAGUGCAGACGAGAAGAACGCCUGCGAAAGGAUCUGGCAUGGAGCAAGGCGUUCCUCGAGCAGGGCGAGGCUGUGAGGGUCGAGUGCAACCAAGUCGAUCUCCAUAUACUGGGAGAAAUGGGCGUGGCCCUUGACAAACGCAAGUAUGAGGUCAAGCUGAAGCCGGUGCAGAAACUGCGUGCUGGCGUGCUGGCCGUCAUGGCAGCCAUCCGCAUGAGCAAGAUGGAGGAACAGUGGAGAGAGGCGAGGCUGCUCGGUGAAGAGCUGAAGUUAAUACGAAUCAGGCAAUCGAAGCAGCGUUCGACUAGGCGUGUUUUGGUGAUUUGA